GUGACCCGAGAAGGGGGAGGUGUUGACCCUUGACCCCCGACCUCAGGGUCGUGCUGAUUCCGGAGAUCGAGCCUUUUUCUCGAGCACGAUGGCCUCCCAGCCCCCAGGGCAACCAGCCUGGCCCGGCGCCGACUCAGGUCAGCCGGCGGAGGGGUGGGCGGCGCGGUUGGGGGCCCGGCUGGAGCCCCCCGCCCUGCUCCUGCUGCGGCUGCUGCAGUCCGGCCCCGGAGGGGUAUUGGGGGCGCUCAGGGCCCUGCAGAGGCUCCGGGCUGGGGGCUCCGAGCGGCCCUUCUGCUGGGGUCCUUUCCUGGAGGCGCUGAGCCGGGAGGAGCCCGUGCUCGAGGGGCCCGACCGCCGCCUGGAGCUGAAGCCGCUGCUGCUACAGUUGCCCCAUCUGUGCCAAAGGAACCUCUUGUCCUUGCUGUUAGCCAUGCGUACUGAGCUUCCCGAGAGUGGACUCCUCCUUGUACUCCAGGCAGCCAAGCGUGACCCUAACCUGGAUGCCUGGCUUUGGGCUCUGGGGGAGUUGCUUCAGAGGGAACUGACUACAGAUGAGGUGAUCAAGGAGACUUCUCCACUGACACCAGGGUGCCGGGAACGGCUCCAAAGCCUUUGUGGACAUGUAGGCAGAGGAUUGAAGCCAAGCUAUCCUCUGGACCCCAGGGAGACUGAGGACACUGGCACUCAACGUCCUGGCAAACGCAAGGAGCCUGAAGCAGAGCCUGAGGGCUCUGAGAGAGAAGCGUUCCCUAAGAGACUUCGAUCCCUAGAAGGGAAAGGAGAGAAAGAAGAGGAGCGUCAGCAGCUCCAGGAGAGGGCCACAGAUGAACAGGAAUCACCUGUGGGGGAGGGCAGAGCUUCACCCCAGAGAACUGAGGGCAGCAGCAACCAGCCCAUUCUGGAAGCAUCGAGCAGCGGGGCUAAUGACAGACAGCAGGAGAAGCUGGUUGAAGUUCUGGAGUUACCCAAAGCCAUCAAGGACCAGGUGCCCCGAGUGCUAGAGCUGCUGGAGACUGAAUGGGAGGGCCUAGAGGGAGCCCCGCCCCUGGAGCUGCAGUUUCUCCAUGAGUGCAGCCCCAGCCAGCUAGAGAACCUCUGCUUACAGCUGCGGCUCUCCUGGCUCUCGGACACAGCCCUCCUGCAGUUCUGCAACCGGCUCCUGGCGCUCUCACCAGACCUCAGCUGUAGCAGUGCCACCAUACUGGUGAGGAACCUUUUUCUCGAACAGGUUCUUUCUCUGACAACUUCAGCCUCUCGUCUGUUGAGAGCUGCCAUAACUGCAUUCGGUGCCAGGUAUCCUCAUCCUGUCUGCAGAGGCUUCAUGAUUCCAGUAUUACAGGCCACAGGCUCAGGCCCCGCACAGACAGAACUGCUUUGCUGCCUUCUGGAGGGAGAUGAUCUGGAGUCGGAUUUGCUUGUGCUGGUGUUAAAACAGGUAUUGGAGUUACCCUGGAGAGAAGACACCUUCACAGUGAUGCAGUCCCUUCUAGGGCAGCAGGUGGAUGUGUCCCCGGAGAACUUCAGCGUCUUAGUGCAAAAGCUGUCUUGUGAAGGCCUGGCUGCUGCUGAUUCUGUGGGCUAUGCCAAGCUGGUCCUGACGGUUGUGACAAAAUACCAAGAGCAGAUCACAGAAGCCCACAAAGUCUGCCUUGCUUCUGCUAUAGAGUUCAACACAACCUUCCUGAGAAAACCUCUGCAGGCUGCCCUAAGACGCUUGACCACUUGAGGUAUCUCCACCACCAGUUUCCUGAAGAACAUCUACCUCAGCCUUAGCCUGCCUUCACUCCAGCUCUCUAGAAGAGGAAGAACAGCCAGACAAGUUUGACUGCUCAUCCCAGUGGCUGCUCCGGAAUGCUGAGAGGUCAGCUCUGACCCUCUCCUCCUACAGCACAAGUGACAAGUCCAGGAGGCUGGAGAAGGAAGAAAUGCAAAUGAGUUAGAGACUGAAGUUAGCCAAGUCUGAACUGAGCACAUGGCUACCUCAAGAUGUCUGCCACUGUAGAGUUCCCUGGCUGUCAGUUGUGCUGAAGCCUGGGGGAAGGGGUCCCAAACGGAGGCUCAAGGUUGUUGGGUUUAAAAAAAUGUUUUACUUAAUUUUUAAACUUUAUUGAUUAUCUUUUUUUAAACAUCACCUGCAUUCCCCCAUAUAUGCCUCCUUUCUACCCCUUCCUGAGAGACAUCCUUUUUAACACAGAAUGAUAGAGGAAGAAAAACCAGUUCAGCCAAACUGACCAGUACAUCCAGUCCAGCUGUACCUGUGGUUUUCCACACCCAUAGCACCCUAUUUCUGCAAUGAAGAGGGGGAGAUUCAUUUCCCAUCUCUUCUGUGGAGGCAAGCUUGGUCGUUUUAAUUUUACACAUUUGGUGUCUGUUGUUUUGUCGUUUCUGUUUCCAUCUACAUUGUAGUCAUUUUAUGUGUUGUUUUCUUGGUCCUGUUUCACUUCCCUCUGCAUCAGUUCAUGUAGUUCUUUCCAUCCUUCUCUGUAUUUAUCACAUUCCAUUACCUUCAUGAGCUGUGAUUAGGCACCCUUUGUUUCUAGUUCUUUGCUACUGUGAAAAGCAAUACAAACAUAAUUAUUUUGGUGUGUGAGAGGCCUUUCUUUUUAUCACUGACUUCUUAGGGUAUAUGUCUGAACUUAUGAAUUCAAGAUAGCCGGUACGAAAAGCGGGGAGGGGAAGGAUGGAUUGGACCAGAGACCUGAACUGUGUCUCUUGCAUGCCCAAUGAUUUCCUUAUUAAUUUUUUUUAUUCUGAACUUAACAAACACCAAAUAAGAUGUUCAUUUCCAUCUAUCAGUGGAGUGUCAAAACUCCCAGAAAUGGAGCCCACUAAACCCUGCCGACUUCGUAUUGACUUAGAAAACCACAUCAAUAUUAUCUGUGUUUUAUUGUACUUUUAUUUGUUUUGUUAAAUAUUUUCCCAUUACACUUUAAUCUGGUUCCAGCAUACUCUGGGGCACUGUGGGCCACGUGCAGCCCACAGGCCACAUGUUUGAUGCCUCUGCUGUAUACAAAGUGGAUUAGAUAAUCAGGAUUGUACUUGAAGCCACGAUGCUCUUACGGCUUGUCUUUUUCCUACACAAAUAUAAUAAAUUCCAUAUAUAACUUUCA